UCUAUUUCGAUCUCCGCUUAUAAAAAUUUCAUCUUUAAUGAAGGCCACCAAUCAUCCUUGCCUUACCCCUUCCCUCCUCUUCAUCGCUCUUGCUACUGCCCUUAUCUGACUACCUUCCUUCAUCUUCCUCUUUUCUCAGAACAACCCAAGAGCCCACUUCUGAAAUUUAAUGCAAUGGAAGGUACUCUCUUCCCCAACAAACCAGUUUAUCCAAUCCCCACAAAGAGACCUCAACAGCCAAAUCCACCUCUCAAAUUCAGCUCUGCUAAACUUCCACCAUCACCACCUCCUCCUCCCUCCUCUCCUCAGCUUCCUUCCCGUUUUGAUUCUCUCCUUCAACACCUUCUCCAUCUUUCUUCUCCACCCAGUAACACCAGGUUGCCUUCUCUUCAAAUUUCUGGUGAUUUGACCAAGAAACAGCUUCAACCGGCUCCCCACAGAAAACCCAACUCUUUUCUUGAAUUUGAAGUUGACAAAGAAGAAGAUAAAGAUGUUUCUGAUAGUGGGUUUCUUGAAUACUUAUCAAGAAAGGGUAAGUUGAUUCUUGGUUCAAUUAUUGAACAGCCUUUGCAUAGUUUGGCUUCUUUCUUUGAUUCUUCCAAAUAUGAGUUGCUUCAAGUUGAUUUGAUUAGUCUCUUGAAAGCCUUAGACUAUUCUGGAAAUUGGGAAAAGGCCCUUUUGUUGUUUGAAUGGUCUGUUUUGAAUUUAGGAACUGCAAAUGAGAAAAUUGACCGCCAUGCUAUUGAACUGAUGGUGAGGAUUCUUGGUAGAGAGUCGCAGCAUACUGUUGCAUCUAAGCUGUUUGAUGUAAUUCCGCUUGAUGACUACGUACUGGAUGUUCGAGCUUACACAACCAUUCUUCAUGCAUAUUCUCGAACUGGCAAGUACCACAGAGCAAUUGAAAUAUUUGAGAGAAUGAAUGAGUCUGGUUUGUCGCCAAGUUUGGUCACUUACAAUGUAAUGCUUGAUGUUUACGGAAAAAUGGGUCGGUCUUGGGACAAAAUCUUAGAGCUAUUAGAUGAGAUGAGAAGUAGAGGACUUGACUUUGAUGAGUUUACUUGCAGUACUGUUUUAUCUGCUUGUGGAAGAGAGGGACUGAUAGAUGAAGCGAAAGAAUUCUUUUCUGGAUUGAAAUCUGAGGGUUAUAAACCUGGGACUGUUACAUAUAAUGCUUUAUUGCAUGUUUUUGGGAAGGCAGGGAUUUUCUCAGAGGCCUUAAGUGUCUUGAGUGAAAUGGAGGAAAAUAAUUGCCCUCCUGAUGCUGUGACUUAUAAUGAGGUCGUGGCAGCUUAUGUGAGAGCAGGAUUUCAUGAGGAAGGAGCUGUUGUCAUUGAUGCAAUGGCUUCUAAAGGAAUUAUGCCUAAUGCUGUUACAUACACUACCAUAAUAAAUGCUUAUGGUAGGGUAGGAGAUAUCGAUAAGGCUCUAGAAAUGUUUGACCAGAUGAUGGAGUUGGGUUGUGUUCCUAAUGUGGCUACUUACAAUGCUGUCCUUGGCAUGCUAGGGAAAAAAUCACUAUCAGAGGAAAUGAUGAAGAUACUUGGCCAUAUGAAAUUAAAUGGAUGUUCUCCUAAUCAUAUUACAUGGAACACAAUGCUUGCCAUGUGUGGAAAGAAGGGUAUGCACAAAUAUGUGAAUCAAGUAUUUCGGGAAAUGAAAAAUUGUGGGUUUGAGCCUGACAGGGACACAUUUAAUACUUUGAUUAGUGCAUAUGGAAGGUGUGGUUCGAAUAAUGAUGCUGCAAAAAUGCACGAGGAGAUGAUUAAAGCAGGAUUUUCUCCAUGUAUUAAUACGUAUAAUGCACUUUUGAAUGCUCUGGCUCGUCGGGGUGAUUGGAAAGCUGCAGAAUCGGUCAUUCUAGACAUGAGGAAUAAGGGCUUCAGGCCCAGUGAGACCUCAUAUUCAUUGAUGGUUCAUUCUUAUGCAAAGGGAGGCAAUGUGAAAGGGAUAGAAAUGAUCGAGAAAAGUAUUUAUGAUGGUGAUAUCUUCCCUAGCUGGAUGCUUUUGAGAACCCUUGUUCUUGCAAACUUCAAGUGUAGAUCACUAACAGGCAUGGAAAGGGCAUUUCAGGCAUUACAAAAACAUGGAUACAAACCUGAUUUGGUUUUAUGUAAUUCCAUGCUUUCAAUUUUUGCCAAGAACAAUAUGUAUGACAGAGCUCAUGAAAUGCUGCGUUUGAUUCAUGAUGCUGGGUUGCAGCCAGAUCUUGUAACCCACAAUAGUUUAAUGGACAUGUAUGCUAGAGGGGGAGACUGCUGGAAAGCAGAAGAGGUACUGAGGAUGCUACAAACAUCUGGUGGGAAACCAGAUCUUGUUUCAUAUAACACUGUCAUCAAAGGUUUUUGUAGAAAAGGGCUCAUGCAGGAGGGUAUAAGAAUUCUAUCUGAGAUGACAUCUAUAGGAGUUGGACCAUGUAUUUUCACAUACAAUACUUUUAUCUCGGGCUAUGCAGCACAGGGAAUGUUUACAGAAAUAAAUGACGUGAUUAGCUACAUGAUUGAGCACAACUGCAGACCAAAUGAGCUAACCUAUAAGAUUGUGGCAGAUGGUUAUUGUAAAGCAAGAAGAUAUGAUGAAGCCAUGGACUUUGUCUCAAAGAUAAAGGAUGUAGAUGACACUUUCGGUGAUCAGUCUGUGCGAAGACUUGUUUCUCGGGUUCGCAACUAUCUGGAAUCACGAUAACUUGGAGAUCUGAGCUUGUGCAGUAUCCCAAUUGGAUGAGAUUCAUCAUUUGGGCAGCUUCAGGAAUAGUCAAUUCUGUGAGGAGAAAAUGUGAGCUUGUUUCUAGUUUUCUUCAUGUAGGAUCCCCUUGUCAUACAUGUACAAUAGCAAUUUUGCUUAAAAACAAAAUUUAGGUAUAUAUGUGUUCUCAGUAUGUAAGGUUUGUCAAUUGGAAUUUCCAUCCCCAACUUUCCUUGAUUUUUUCUGUCAGGGAAAUUAUGGUGCCUUCUGUAAUUCAUGCCAUCACUUUUUGGAAUGGCUGUAAAAACUGAAAACCACUAUAAACAUAAAUAGAAGGGGCCUUUAUGAUUCUCA